AUGGAGUGGAUAUUGUUUGUACUAUUACCUAAUAUUGCUAAUGCUUUGUUUCCAUUAUCUCGUGUGCAAAGUGUCGCAGUACAGGGAAUACUGCUGUGUGAAGGCAGACCGUUACCGGAUCAUCAGAUAAUUCUCAUUGAUCACGAUAAAUUGGAUCCUGAUGAUAUAAUGGCGUCGAAUGUAACGGACCAACAAGGACAUUUUUUCUUGCAUGGGAACGAGAGUGAAUGGAGUACAAUCGAUCCAGUGCUUAUCCCGUGCGACCGUGAAUGGAGACUGGGAAUUCCAGUGAAAUAUAUAAGUAAUGAGGGAGAUGUGCAGCACAUCAUGGAUAUGGGUAUCUUGAAUGCUGAAGUGGUCUUCUAUGGGGAGAAGCGGGAUUGCUUAUUGUAA